AUGUAAAACAACUUUAUGUAUAAUUAAUAAGGAUAUAUGUAUCCUUAAUAAUAUAUGUACCCACAUCCGCCUCCAAAUUAUGUGUUUCCUCAAUAAAUAUAACCUGCUUAGUUCUAUUAUAUGAAUCCAUAGAAUUAAGCCAUGUAUUAAUAUAAUAUUGGUUAAUAACAAUAACAAUAAUAACAACAACAACAAUAGUCGAGAAUUAAAUGCAAUCAACCUAAAACAAAGGAAUAGGAUGUCAAGAUAUAGAAGCAAUAAGUAGUUAAAUAGCAAUCUAAUUAAAUCAUGUAAUAGUAGAUGGAAAUGCAGAAGACAAACAUAAAGAUUUUAACAGAAUAAUAAAUUCGAGAUUAAGUAGGCUCAAUUACCAAACAGGGGUUUUGCCAUUAUUGCAAUAAAAAUGGGAAAAUGUGUUAUUAUUGUUUCAGCAAUUAUAAAUCAACCGACUGCAGACAUGGAUUCUGCUUUGAUUGCUUGAUGUUUAAAUUCAAGGUAAGAGCUCAUUUUAAUCAAUUAGAUCAACCCAAUAAAGAUAUUACUUAGACCCGAUUGGAAUUGCCCUAUCAAAAGCAAGUAAUGCAUUUGCAGUAGAUGUUCAAAUAUAAAUCAUAUGGAUUCUGAUUAAUUCAUUUCAAAUGACUCAGUGGAAAGUUGCAAUAAAUAUGCGCAUAUCAUAGAGAACACUAAGAAAAUUAAGAAGCAAUAUUAGAAAAAGAAGAAUAUAAUUAGAGAAAUGUUUUAAGUGAAGUUUUAACAAUUGGAUCCAAAGAAGAAGAAAUAACAAUAGGUAUAACAUAGGAAUUAAGGUAGUCAAUGAAGAAGACUUUAUUACUUAAUAAGAUCAAGAAGCAAAUGUAAUUCUCUUAAGAAUGCAUUUUGAAAUUGAAACAAAAGCAUAGCCAAAAUGAUGAAUAAAUAUUGCAUUAGGUUGUCAGAUAUAAUUUUGGGUCCUUAAUUGAUUUGUUUAAAGAAUAUAAAUAGGCUUGA